CAAUAUUGCAAUAUAUUGCGUCCAUAUAAAAAACUGUUUUCUAUGCGUGACUUCAAUUUAAUCGAUAAUAUGAAAACGACAAGGAGGUUGGUUAAACAAAUAGUUUAUAAACAUUAAACUGGACCAUAAAGAGAAAAAAGAUGCAGCGGCUAUUUCUACGGGCAUUGCUUUUCAGCUUAUGGUGUUCACUCACAAGCGGUGAUUGUCCUCAAAACGGCAACCCAUGGCAACCAGAAUGGAUGCCACUACGCAAUGACCUUCUUUGCGAUGAACGUUGCGACCGUUUCAAGGCUUCUCAAGUUGACUACAUUGUCGACGAGUAUACAAAUUGCUGCCAAUGUAAUUCAUGCACAAAAUGGGAAGGUCAAGAGGUGAAUUUGGACAUUGAGUAUACAACAGUUAGUGGAAAAGGUGUUGUUUUGGUCAACGAGCGAGUUAAUGAUACACUUGUGUAUAAAACGGAGAUGAGACAUGGUGAGUUAAGUGAAAUUCCAAGCAAUCUAUGUGGAUGGGAUAAAGAAGAACAUUAUGUGGACACGCUGUCAAGAAUGAACAUGGUGAAGGAUUUAAAUCAGUUUUAUAACCAGAUUGUUGUCAUUAAUUUCGAAUACAACAGUGUAAAGAAAUUGCCGGAUUUAAACUGUCUUACGAACCUUGACGGUAUUUAUCUUAAAGGUAAUAAGAUAUCACAUUUAAGUAACACAUCUUUCCAAACAUUGUCACAUUUGAGAAUAGUAGACCUUUCGUUGAAUAAAAUCGUCAACAUGGACCCAAAUGUCGUUUUCAAUACGGAUGUUAAUGUUUUGCAUUGGCAAUUUGAAAAUAAUGAUUUGAUUGAAGUUGACGUGACUAACUUUUUGCCGGCUCAUCCAUUUUGCGAAGUAGACUUUUCUGGAAAUGAAAUAGAACAGCUAACUAACAAAUUGAGUAUCACUCUGGAAAAUGAGAUAUAUGGUCCAGGAUUUAUCAGAUUGCAAGACAAUAAAAUAUCAACAUUUCCGGAUCUGAAAACUCUGUUCAACUUAGAAAGUCUCAACCAAUUUGGGACUUUGCUUAGUUUUGGUUUUGAUCUUCGUGGCGUUCCUCUGAUUUGUGAUUGUCAUAUGCAGCCAUACUAUGACCUGGGUAAAAACUACCUCGAAGCUCUCUGGCGAGACUUCUUUAACUUGACAUGCACAGCUCCCCCUAGCCUCAAAGACAAACCAGUGUUUGAAGUCGGUCUAUAUGAGCUUGUUUGUGAUCUGCACGUUGAAGACGGGUGUCCAAAACAAUGCACCUGCAUUGAUCAACCUCAGAAUAACACUGUGUUUGUCAAUUGUUCAAAUAAAGCUCUCGACAAAAUGCCACAAUUUCUCCCGAAUUCGACGUUCUCUGAAUUUAUUUCAUUAGACGUAUCAAACAAUUUCAUUCGAAAUAUAAGUGCCCCAUACCUAGAUAAACUUGUUCACUUGGAUGUGUCAAAUAACGCUAUUGUAGAAAUAGACGAAGAUGACAUCACUACCUUAAAGGAGGCUACAGUUGUUCUGUCUGAAAAUAAGCGCUUAAGGAGACUACCAAGAAAUCUUCAGUAUAGAAGCAUGUGCAACACAGUUAUUGUUUAUACUGAAAUAGAUUGUGACUGUACUAACAUCUGGAUUGAAAACUGGUUUCAUGCUAAGUCUUGUGAAGAUCAACCAAUAAAGAGUGUGGAUUUCAAAUGCCUUUUACCAGACAGAACAGUCAUAGAAGCAUCGGACUUUAAGUCAGAUAUUCUGCGCUGCGAAUAUGACACAACGUUACUUAAACAAAUGUCUUUGAUAUUUUCUUGUAUUCUUCUACUGAUUGUUAUUGGAGGAAGUUUGCUGUACAAGUUCAGAUAUGAAGCUAUAGUUCUUUGGUUGCGAUUGAAUCACAAGAGUAAAGACCCAAACAUGUAUACGUAUGACGUUGCUGUGACCUUUAAUGAAGAUGAUGACAUGCUUAGAGGUUGGGUAACUCGUACCCUUAUCCCAAGACUUCAUAAUGAGAGAUAUAAGGUUUUUAGAACUUAUAUAGACACGGAGUUUGGUGCGCACAGGGAUGAUGCAGUUGCAGAGACCUAUGCGAAAUGUCGGAAUUUUGUACUUAUUCUUUCUGAAAGUUACCUCGAGGAACGGCCUACUGCUGACGAAGAUAACUUUGAACAGGAAAGAAAAUGGACUGAGAAUGAAUGGAAAUUUGCAUGGCAUCAGUACAGGGCAGAUUAUAAUAAAAACGUGUUAGUAAUAAACUACGAUCAUAUUUCUUCAUUUAACGUUGAACACCCUCAGAUAAGAGCUGUCUUACGCGUUGGACAUGUUGUGCAUUUUGGAAAUCACGUAUCAGAGAAUGAAGUAUUGGACGAGGUUGUUAGAAAAAUUGGACCUAGUUUAAGAGGAAAUCAAGGAGAAGUUGUUGCCAAGCCUUUCUUUAAAUGGAAAGGUUAUCCGGAGAUAGAUUCAGGUAAAAAACUUGUUGAGAGCCAAAAUGAAAUGCAUCAAAAUGGUAAAAAAUCACCAGAUCUGGAUGUCCAUCUUGGUGUCCAUCGUUUUGUUUUUAGACCUAAAAUAAGCCCUGUCGAAUCAGACCAGAACAUACCUAUGACAACUCUUUCUGAAUGUAAAAGUAAGAAUGUUGAAUCACAAGAAGAAACGGAAGUUGUUCUUUCUGAAUGUAAAAGUAAGACAGGUCCUGUUGAACCACAAGAAAAAACGGAAACUGUUAAGAAAAAAACUAUGACACCUUCAAAAUCCAGAUCUAAACAGAAAAUAUCGCAUGGUUUCAAGCAUCGACCAGAGGAAUUAGAUAAAGAAGAUGUAGAUAAUGAAGUAAAAUAUCAGGGUCAAAGCUGGGCCUAUUGUGAUACAGUUAAAUAUGAACCCGGACAAACCAUAAGCCGCGCCUACAAACCGCUGUAUGGCGAAAACAUAUCAUAUGUGUGAAAAAUUUGAACAUAUUUCAAAAGAAAAGAAAAAAUAAUCUUGGAAUUUUAGAUUAUCUUAACAGAGCAUUUUUAUGAUAAUGUCCCGUUGCUCAAAUUAUUAUUAUCUUCAGUUUAAAACAUACGUCUGGUAGUGCUAGAAAUGUUAAAAUAUCUGCUGUAGAUAAGUAUUCUUUCUCAUUGUUUCCUUAAAGUGACACUCUUAUUCGAAAUCAAUAAUGCACAUGUAUAACAAACAUCAGUUUUUAGUGAUUAACCUUUAACUACUUACUAAAUAUUGUGUUUAUGAAAAAUAUUAAAUACUGAUAACAAGAUUGUAACCGUGUAUUUUUAUUAGCUGAAAACGCAAAAAUAUGGUGAAUGCUUAAAGAUUUAGUGUAAUCUACUAUAGCCUAUAAUCUCAUAAGGUAGAUAUACCAUGUUUUCUACACCUGCUCUCUCACAGAUUGAACGUUUUGACAAGUUUUAAUUUUUUGUCAAGGAACGAGCCAAUUUUGCGAAAAUCCAUGGAAACAAGCGAUGUAGGACUUCUGACAAAAAAUUAAAUCACAGAUUUUAACAUUCAAGUUUAAAAAUUGAUGUUUUAUGCAUUUUUCUUAAACCGUUAGUAACGGUUUAAGCCAUUAACCAUUCAUUUUCGAACGGAUAUAUUAAAAUCUGCGAUCUGAUCUUUUGUCUUUUAUCAUUGGUUUGCAGAUAUUUACGCAUAUAUUUGCUCUUUCCAAGACAAAAAAUAUAAAAGUUGUAAAAAUGGUUAAUCUGUGAGAGUGCAGCUUGAAGGUCCAUAGUCAUUCUAUCUGCAUUCCGCAUGAUGUUAGCUCCAAAAUAUAUAAUAGUGUGCCUUCAUGCAUAAUAUGUGAGUAUAUUCAUCAUUAAUUGUGUUGCUCAUUUGAAGUAUUUUAAUUCACACUUAUAAGCGCUCAAGCAAUCAUCUGUAUAUUUUAUGUUUUCAUGUUUCAUGGAUUAUUUUGUUUUUAAUUCAAAAUGUAUUUUUUUUAAUAUAAUGCAUUGUUAUUUGACUUUAAUAAUAAAAAACAAACAAAAACCCCCCAUUAAUUUCUGCACAAAAAUGUAUUGGCAAU